AUGGCGGCUGUUUCUUUAAACCGUCGUCUUUACUUUCUACGUCGGUGGAUUCAUACCUUCUGCCAUUGUUUGUUGGCUCCGAGUUUACUCUAUGGAUCCGUUGAAAGAUAUAAAGCUAGAUUGGUGGCUAAUGGGUACACACAAAGAUAUGGGAUAGACUACGAAGAGACCUUUGCCCCAGCAGCCAAGAUUAACACUAUUAUAGUCCUAUUGUCUCUAGCAGCAAAUCUCGAUUGGCCACUCCAUGAGUUUGAUGUCAAAAAUGCAUUCUUACAUAGAGACUUGGAAGAAGAAGACAUAAUCGUAAUUGGAAACGAUGCAGAAGAGCAACUGAAGUUACAAAAGUAUUUGUCUCAAGAAUUUGAGAUGAAGGAUUUAGGUGAUCUGAAGUACUUUCUCAAAAUCGAAGUAGCAAGAUCAAAAAUUGUUGAUCGGAUCUUAAGAUACUUAAAGUCAGCUCCUGGGAAAGGAUUAAUGUUCUCCAAAAAUGGAGAUCUUGAAGUUGUUGGAUACACAGAUGUUGAUUGGGCUGGUUUUAUUACAGAUAGACGCUCUACUUCAGGUUACUUUACAUUCGUGGGAGGUAACCUAGUCACUUGGCGGAGUAAAAAGCAAAAUGUGGUUUCUUGGUCUAGUGCAGAAGCAGAGUAUCGAGGAAUGGCUCACAGAGUUUGUGAAUUAUUGUGGAUCAGAAGACUCUUGACAGAAUUGGGCUUCAAGCCAGAAAAGCCAAUUGAGUUGCAUUGUGACAACAAGUCAGCUAUCUAUAUUGCCCAUAAUUCAGUUCAAUAUGAUCGAACCAAACAUGUUGAGGUGGAUAGAAAUUUUAUCAAAGAAAAAAUUGAGAAAAAGAUCAUCCGCCUAUCAUUCGUAAAAUCAGAAGAUCAAUUGGCAGAUAUCUUAACCAAAGCUGUUUGUGGAAGAGUAUUUCAUGACUCACUUACCAAGUUGGGCAUUGGUGACAUAUAUGCACCAACUUGA